GUUUUAUAUCGGUUGUUUGUUUGUAUGGAGAAAAAUUUCCUGUUUUUGAAACCAACGUACACGUUUAGCCCAGAUUUCCUUACGAUGUGUGUGGUCUUCUGCCACGAAAGACCGUUGCCUAGCAACUAAUGUUAGGUUUUUGCCUUCCCCCUGUAGCUGUUAAGAACAUCUAUCCAAUAGGGACGUAGUACUGCCUGUCAUUAAUCAACAUCAGGACUCGGAUUGGGAGGAGUUAAAAGUUGGAAGAGAGCCAGAGAAGCAUUUUGGUCAAUGCACAGGAUGGUGGUGGAUGAUCUGUUACUCAUUCGGUUGCUUACCGUACCAAUUAUGUGAUUUAAAAAAAUUUUUUUUAAUCAUACUUUUAUGUAAUCUGCAGUGAUAAUUAUAACUAUUUUAAUAUAAGAAAAAAAAGAAAAAUACAUACACACACAAAAAUAUGGUAGACUGGUUAAGGAUUUAAAACGGGCCAGUUACCGCUGGAUGUCCAAAAUGGCCUCUGUGUCAAAAUGAUUCAAAUGAAAACAUUGGUACCAUUACAGAAGACAACGGAAUAUUGCAAAUCUACAAUAGACAACGACCUGCUGACCAGGACCAGUUGGGCAGAUGCGAAAACUGCUUUGUCGCAAAUCAAUAAGGAUAAAGCAUCGGGUAAUAAAGCGGCAUUAUGGCUAAGGAGCAAAAUUCAAAUGCAAUUGUUUCAACUGGGAUGUUUCAUACAAAGGAAUGCCGGAAAAGUACUUUUUGUAGGAAUUCUCAUUCUUUCAUCUUUUUGUGUCGGUUUAAAAACUGCUUCGAUGGAAACCAACGUAGAAAGGUUGUGGGUAGAGGAAGGUGGAAGAUUGGAGAAAGAACAGAGGUAUAUCCGCACUACUUUAGGAGAAGGUGCAGGUAGCACUAAUCAAUUACUGGUUCAAACACCAAGAAUUAAAGGAGGGAAUGUUUUAAAUUCUGAAACAUUAUUGCUUCAUCUGGAAGCUGCUCUAGAAGCCACACGUGUUACAGUUGAUCUUUUUGAUUCAACUUGGAGCUUGAAGGAUCUCUGCUACUCUCCCACUAUUCCAGACUUUGAUACUCCUUAUUUAAAUUCGCUCUUUGAAAAACUAUUUCCUUGCGCACUUAUCACACCUCUGGAUUGUUUCUGGGAAGGUUCCAAGCUGCUAGGUCCCGAUAUACCGUUAAAUAUACCAGGAUUUGGCCAAGUUGUUCAAUGGACCAGUCUCAAUCCCCAGUGGCUCUCACAAACUAUGAAAAAUUUUGGAAGUUAUGUCUCCUCCUUUCCUUUUCACACCUUAGAAGAUUUUAUGAAGAGAGCAGGAAUUACAACAGCUUAUCAGGAAAAACCUUGUUUAAAUCCUAAUGAUGUUCAAUGUCCUGAAACUGCUCCAAACAAAAAAACCAAACAGGCACCAAAUAUCGGAGCUGAGUUAACAGGUGGAUGCUACGGAUUUGCUACUAGAUACAUGCACUGGCCAGAAGAUAUGAUUAUUGGGGGAGUAAUAAAAAAUAAAACUGGGCAUAUUAUAAAAGGAGAAGCUUUACAAACAAUAAUUCAGUUAAUGGGUGAAAGAGAAAUGUUUGAAUAUUGGAAAAGUACUUAUAAAACUCAUAACUUAGAUUGGUCUUUAGAAAAAGCAAAAAUGAUAUUAGAAAAAUGGCAAAGAAAGUUUUCUAAGACAAUGGAAAAAUUCAGUCAAAAUCAAAAUAUAACCAAAUCGUACAUCAUUUGUUCAUUUUCUACAGUUUCUCUUACUGAUAUAUUAAAAGGCUUUUCUGAAAUAAGUGUGACAAGAGUAGCUGUGGGAUAUUUAUUAAUGUUAGUUUAUGCAUAUCUUUCUCUACUUCACUGGUCAGAACCACUUACAUCACAGAGUGGAGUUGGAAUUGCAGGUGUCAUUCUUAUUGUUAUAUCUAUAGCUUCUGGAUUAGGAUUUUGUGCCUUAAUUGGAAUAGUUUUUAACGCAUCAACUACUCAGAUUGUUCCUUUCUUUGCUCUUGGUUUAGGAAUGAAUGAUAUGUUUCUUUUGGCUCAUACUUAUACAGAAAAUGCUAGUUCAAAUAUUCCUAUUGAGAAUCAAACUGGAGAAUGUCUGAAAAGAAGUGGAAUUAGUGUAAUGUUGACAUCAAUAAUCAACAUGUGUGCAUUUUUUAUUGCAGCUAUAGUUCCAAUACCAGCUCUUAGAUCAUUUGUUCUUCAAACAGCUAUAUUAGUUUUAUUUAAUUUAGCAAUUAUGUUAGUAGUGUUUCCAGCAAUUCUUAGCUUAGAUCUAAGAAGAAGGAAUGCAAAAAGAGUUGAUAUAUUAUGCUGUUUUAGUGUGGAACAAUUAAGUUGUUUCAGAACUAAAACUACUGUAAAAAAUUUAAAUAACACACCUACCUCAGUAUGUAAUACUGUUCCUGGUUCUCCUAAACGUCAAGCAGUUACGCAUGCUUUACCUCCUGAUUGUAGCCAUGUUGUGACUGUAUUAGCUCCUCCUCAUAGAACUGAGUGUUGGACAGAAAAAAAUAAUUCAGGAUUGACACCUAGUAUAUGGGGUGUGGUACAAAUUGAUGAUGGCUUGGAUCUAACAGAUAUUGUACCAUUUCAUACGAAUGAAUAUCAGUUUUUAAGUAUACAAAAGAAAUAUUUUGGAUUUUUUAAUAUGUUUGCUGUCACUCAAGGAAAUUUUGAAUAUCCAACAAACCAAAAAUUACUAUAUGAAUAUCAUGAAACAUUUACAAGAAUUGACAACAUCAUUAAAAAUGAUGAUGGAGGAUUACCAGAAUUUUGGUUACUAUACUUCAGAGACUGGUUAAAAUCCUUACAAACAGCAUUUGAUCAAGAUUGGAAGAAUGGAUGUAUAACUCAAGAAAGGUGGUAUAAAAAUGCAUCAGAUGAAGGAAUUUUAGCAUAUAAAUUAUUAGUACAAACUGGUCGAGUUGAUAACCCAAUUGACAAAUCAUUAGUGAUGGCAGUGAAAUUAGUCGAUGAAAAUGGAAUCAUAAAUCCAAAAGCUUUUUACAACUAUCUUACUGCUUGGGUUUCAAAUGAUGCCUUAGCAUAUUCUGCUUCUCAAGCAAAUCUUAGACCAGAACCAAGACAAUGGAUACAUGACAGACAGGAUGUUGAAUUAAAAAUUCCUAAAUCACAACCAUUGAUUUAUACUCAAAUGCCUUUUUAUUUGAAUAAGAUGGCAUCUACUCGUGAUAUCACUACAACUAUAGAGGAAAUAAGAAAGAUAUGUCAUAAAUUUCAGGAUAAAGGCCUUCCUAAUUUUCCUACUGGUAUUCCAUUUAUUUAUUGGGAACAGUAUAUUGGACUGCGUUUCUAUUUACUAUUAGCUUUGCUCUGUGUAUUAAUGACAGUAUUUCUUGUGCUCUCUAUCAUCCUUUUCAAUCCUUGGGCAGCUAGCAUUGUUGUAUUUGUAAUAUCUGUGAUGGAUAUAGAACUAUUUGGUCUUAUGGGAAUCUUAGGAAUUAAAUUCAGUGCGGUACCUGCUGUUAUUCUUGUAGUUGCAAUAGGAAUUGGAGUAGAAUUUACAGUUCACAUACUCAUUGGUUUUCUAACAAGUAUUGGAGAUAGAAAUCAAAGAAUAGGAAAAUCAUUAGAAUAUAUGUUCUGUCCAGUAGUUCAUGGCACGUUGUCAUCAGUUUUGGGUGUGAUGAUGCUAGCAUUUUCAGAAUUUGAUUUUAUUGUCAGGUAUUUUUUCUAUGUACUGCUUGCACUUAUGAUUCUUGGUGCACUGAAUGGCUUAUUAUUUUUUCCAAUUCUACUUUCAAUUCUGGGGCCUCCUGGUGAGAUUAUACCUCAUGAUGAUCCAAAUCGUAUCUCGACGCCAACUCCUGAACCUUCACCACUUUGUGAACGUAUUCAGCGAAGUCGGCCAUUUAAAAGACGAAUUUAUCCUCGCAUUAAUUCUGAAAUUUCUUUAUCAACAAUUUCAGAAGAGCAAGGUUCGUGCCAUUCCUCCCAUGAAAUUAUUGUUGAACCAGAAGUAGUAGUUGAAACAACAACUGUAACUAAUACACAGGGUACUGUUUGUAGUACAACUUCAUCUAAGUAUACUCCAAAUCAAGAGAGAUCACAAUCACAGAGUUCAUCUUCAGACUUUGAAAGCAGCUCAUGUUCAUCACCAUCAUCAACUAUAUCUGAUUGUCCUUCAGUAAAAACUCAAACAUCAAUUACAACACGAGUAAAAGCUACAGCCAAAGUCAAAGUAGAAGUUCAUACACCACUUCCAGGUUCAGCCGAGAGAGAAGGUAGUUUCAGACACAAGAGGCAUAGGAGAAGUAGUUAUUCUGAGUGACCAAAUUAAAACUGUCUACAAGUCAUGAACUUUUUUAAGUCAUAAAUAGAAAUUAUAUAUCUCAGAUUCAGACAAUAAUAUCAAUUACAUUAUUCCCUUAUGAAAUAUUUGAGACUUGCUCAAGCAAUAACUUCAAGCAUGUUACAAAAUAUUAUUUUGAUAGAUAAUUAUUAUUUUUAUUUAUUUGUGUAAGAGUGAGUGAAAAUAUGUGUGAAUGAUGUGAAAACAGACAUGAAAACAGUAAUUAUUAUCAUAUUUUUCUGAAAUCUGUAAGAAAUUAUUCAUUCAGGGAUACAUUGAAAUUCAUAUCAAUGCUUCAUGUGAUCCAGUACAAAGUUCAUCCAUAAGUUUAUGAUUUUAAAUACGUGUCAAAUGUUUUAAGCUCAUAAAGUGCAAAUUUUAAUAUGUGAAUAACUUUAUUUAUUUUUUUGUAAAAUAUUGUAAUUGUUGUAUUCUUUCAUUAAUACUUAUAAUAAUAAUAAUAAUAUCAAUAAUAAUAAAAGAUAAUAAUCUGACAUAACAUGAGAAAUUAUUGCAGUGUUUAUUUAAUAAUAAAAAUAUUUUAAAAUAAUAGUCUAAUAUAUUUUUAAAAACUUUUUAUUAAGUCAAGCAGGCCAAUUUAUUUUGUACAAAACACUUAUACUACACAGAGACUGUUUAAUUUUGUUCUCAUUCUGAAGGUAAAUAAUAUGUUCAACCACCCACUCUGUGAUGCUUCAAUAUUGCAGUUUGAUAAAUUCACAUUGCAUUCCAUAAACUAGUUUUUAAGUGAUCCCACAAUCAAAAUUAAUAUGAAUUAAAGAUUCAGAUGGCCAGGUCAUGGUAAAAGAACUAUUAUACCCAUAUUUGCAUUGGGACUGUUAAAUAUCUAUAAAUAAUAAUCUUGAAUAUGUAUACUUUAUUUACAAGCAUCUCUUCUUUAAAAAAAUAACCUUAGUCAAACUUGCCAUACUAAAACUAUUGAACUAUGAAAUAAUAAUUGUUAUUUCAUUUAAUUAUAAAUAAUAACCAUAGUAAAACAAUGAUGA